UAAACUGUUUAAGAAUGGCUCGUCAGAACUUCAUAGGCCUUGUGGUAUCGCAGGGUAAAAUGAACAAGACCGUGAAGGUCCAAGUUGAGAGAAAGACUUUCAACAGAAUCAUCAACAAGGAGAUUAUGAAGAGAAAGAACUUCCUGGUGCAUGACGAAGGUAACAUUGCUCGAGAAGGUGAUAUUGUGCGUAUCGAGGCCUGCCGUCCGUUGUCAGCGAAGAAGAACUUUGCCAUUGCCGAGAUUAGAAAGAACAAGGGUUCCCAGUUUGCCAAAUACGACCAGGUUGCCAAGCAGCAGGUUUUACUCGAGGAGAACGAGAAGACCAAAGAGUUUUUGGACAGAAGAGCCAAAACCGAGCUGGAGAUCAAGAACAACAGCUCACUGAUAUCGGACCUGUCCUUCAUCGCCAAGGGUGUUGUGACUGCACAAGGCGAGCUGAGUGCCGAAGAGACAGAGAAGAUUGCGCAGAUUAAGGAGAAGUAUGGAAUCAAGAGCUGGCCCCCACAGAAGGAGGUUCUAGAGCUAGAGAUCCAAACCCUCAAGGAGAAGGUGAGAUCGCUACAGGACACAAUUGACUUUGUCGACCCAGUGCUAUCCAAGCUCAUGGAGGAGGAGUACGCUGCCAGGGUUGACGACCUGUUGAAGGAGGUUUCAAAGAAGGAGCCAUCAGAGUUGAAGAAGGGUGUUAAGAAGAACAUCUUGAGAAAGUACCUCUUGAAGAACCCGGAGGCUGCGAGGGAGAAGUUUAGAGAUGUGAUUGAACAAGUGAAGAGUCAGUGAAGUUAGGAUUCGUCGUUUCUUGUAUAUAUGAAAUUAGGAAGAGAAUAAAAUACAAAUGGCC